AUGCUUCUGGGAGCGAGCCUGGACAACAAAUACGGCACAGCAACUCGGUUUGUGAUUACAUCACGCGGUAAAUGCACAUACAGGACUUUCCGAGGCAUGGCUGAAUUAAAAAGGGGCUUCUCGGUGUCAGAUAUUACAGGGCCAUUUGGAGAGGCUAUCACGGUUAACUAUCGGCUUGGCCAACAACACCUUGGUCCUAGUCAACUGCGCUCAUCAUUGUGGUACGAGCAUAUCCGUCUAGAACUCCAAAUCUCUCUUCUUUGUGUAUCGUCAUCAAAGAGCCCAUUGGGCAAGAGCCCCAGUAGACGCUCCGCGCAACCGCCUUUUGCCACGGCAUUUGACGCUCCAACAUUUAUAGGACAGUACAGUACAGUACAAGUGCGUUCCCUCGGCCGAUGGCUGGACUGGACUGGACUGGACUGCGUUGCGUUGCGUGCGGGCUGA